AAAAACCAAAAGGGUGAAAGAAAACAGAGAGCUAAUAAUAUUCUCCAUCAAAUCUUCCUCUCUAUUUCUCUCUAUCUUUUCUUUUUUCCCUGAAUCCAAUCAAGGGAAAAACAGAAAUAAUCAACACCCCCUUUUCCUCCAUUUUUCUUCUGCAAAUUAAACUCCUCCAAUUCUUUCUUUGGAAAAAAAAAACAAAGAUGGGUUGUGGGGAAUCAAAGCAUGCAGUUGCAACAGAAAACACCACCAUUCCAAAGAACAAGAGAUCAUUGAGUUCUAAAUCCAACUCCACAAAGGCUGAAUCCCAAGAAAAUGUCAAGAUAAUUGAAAAUGGAGAAUCUGGGGUUGCAGAAACUGUAAAAACAGCUGAAAAAGUGGAGGCUGCAGAUGUAAUUGCACCAAAAGUUGUGGCUAAGGAAGAAGCCAAGGUGGAAAUGGAAAAAGUGAAAGAGGAGUUGAAAACAGAAGGGGUUGUUGUUGAAAAGAAAGAAGAAAAAGUUGUUGUACAAUCUCAACCUGAGGAGAAGAAGAAAAUUGGAAAUGAAAAAACAACCCCUGCUGUUGUUGCUGCUGCUGAUGUCGUAGAGAAGAAAGAAUCAGCUGAAGAGAUCAAAGCAGAAGAGAAAACCGAGGAGACCAUUAAGCCAACUGAAGAAGAGAAAGAGAAGGAAGAAGUUACUACUACUGCUUCUGAGGCCAAAGAUGCUGCUAAACCAGAGACAGAGGAAAAGCCAAAAGAGGAGAAUGCAACUGAAGCAUCAGCAACUACAGAUUCGAAAACAGAUUGAGAAUGCAGAGAUGGGAGUAUCAAAAAGGGCUGUUUACUAGUUUAAUCCUUGAUUUUUAAAGCCUGUUCUAAUUUCCAGUAUUCAGUACACAUAUUUGUUCUGUUUUCGGAUUGGCUGAUAUACUACUCUGUUCUUCUUGUCCCUUUUCACCAAAAUCUACUUCUAUUCGGUAUUAUGAUUGGAAUUUCUUUAAUUUGUUGUUA